AUGCGGCCCCCCGCGCCGCCCACCGUCCUGCUGCCGUCGGAGCGCGCCGUGGUGCUGCUGUCGUGCGCGCUGUCGGCGCUGGGCUCCGCGCUGCUGGUGGCCACGCACGCGCUGUGGCCGGACCUGCGCAGCCGCGCGCGGCGCCUGCUGCUCUUCCUGUCGCUGGCCGACCUGCUCUCGGCCGCCUCCUACUUCUACGGGGCGCUGCGGGACUUCGCGGGCUCCUCGUGGGACUGCGUGCUGCAGGGCGCGCUCUCCUCCUUCGCCAACACCAGCUCCUUCUUCUGGACCGUGGCGAUCGCCCUCUACCUCUACCUCACCAUCGUGCGGGCCGUGCGCGGGCCCGGCGCCGACCGCCUGCUCUGGGCCUUCCACGGCGUCAGCUGGGGCGUCCCUCUGGUCAUCACGGCGACCGCGGUGGCCCUGAAGAAGAUUGGCUACGAUGCCUCGGACACCUCUGUGGGUUGGUGCUGGAUCGAUCUGGAGGCCGAGGACCGCCUGCUGUGGAUGCUGCUCACCGGGAAGCUGUGGGAGAUGCUGGCCUACGUGCUGCUGCCUCUGCUGUACCUCCUGGUCAGGAAGCACAUCAACAGAGCGCAUGAAGCGCUCUCCGAGUACCGCCCCAUCUGCGAGGGCCCCCACCUGCACCUGCGCAGCAUGGCUUCCGUGGCUGACAAGAAGCUGAUCCUCAUCCCGUUCAUCUUCAUCUGCCUCCGGGUGUGGAGCACCGUGCGCUUCGUCCUGACCCUCUGCGGCUCCCCGGCGGUGCAGACGCCCGUGCUGGUUGUUCUACACGGCAUCGGGAACACCUUCCAGGGAGGAGCCAAUUGCAUCAUGUUUGUCCUCUGCACCCAGGCCGUGCGCUCGCGCCUUGUCUCCCUCUGCAGCUGCCCCUGCCGUGCCGAGGGCCAGGCCCCCCCUCCUGGGGCACCCGAGCCCCCCAAGCCCGGAGCCCAUCAGGGGUCCGCCCACCCCUGAACCGUCCUCCCCGUGGUGCCCCAGCCAGUCAGGAGGCUGAGAUCUGAGAAUCGAGCUCAUCCACCAGAACUUUCCUCAUUCCAGAAGACCCAUUUUCUGUUAGAUCACCAGAGCUAAGGAUGGAAAAAUGUCCCGUGGGAGGGGCCCGCCCCCAUAGUCGGCUUCCCACCAGAUUCUGCCACUCUGCAAAACUGAAAUGAUUUCCUGAUCCUUGUAAAAUGGCUCUGGAUUCCACCCAAAUCCGUGCUGGAUUCCUGACUCAAAAGCAAAGCGUCCCCGGGAAAGAACUCGCCACGUCGAGAGCAGGGCUACCGUGCUCACACAUGGACUUCCUCUGGAAACAUUUCUUCAUGAUCCCCAGCAUUUAGAGAACCUUGCUUCCCUGACAGUUGGCAUUUUCACAAGAAACAGCCUCCAUGGGGGACCCUAGCCAGGAACACAUGCUUACUACAACGGAGUAAAGGAGCUGCGUGUGAGUCAAGACUUCAGACAUUAGAAUGAACCACGAUUGGGCACCAGAGCCCCCGGCUGCCUGGCAGCCAGCCCUGGGCCGGGGCCUGGGACCUGGGCCCCAGCCUGGCUGUGCUCACAAAGCCUGUAGAGGGGAAUGGGGCCCAGGUUUCCAUUCUACUUGCCGAUGCCCCUUGCUAGGCUGCCAACGUUGUUGUUGUUGUUAUUAUUAUUAUUGUUAUUAUUAUUGCCCAUACUGGGACUUGAGCUCAAGGUCUU